AUGUCGGGCGAGACGUUCGAGUUCCAGGCGGAGAUCUCCCAGCUUCUCUCGCUGAUCAUCAACACCGUCUACUCCAACAAGGAGAUCUUCCUCCGAGAAAUCAUCUCCAACGCAUCAGACGCCCUCGACAAGAUUCGCUAUGAAGCCCUCUCAGAACCCAGCAAGCUCGACUCGGGCAAGGACCUGAGGAUCGACAUCAUCCCAGACAAGGCCAACAAGACCCUCACCAUCAAGGACACCGGUAUUGGCAUGACCAAGGCCGACCUUGUCAACAACCUCGGUACUAUUGCGCGCUCUGGCACCAAGCAGUUCAUGGAGGCUCUGUCCGCAGGCGCUGACAUCUCCAUGAUUGGCCAGUUCGGUGUUGGUUUCUACUCCGCAUACCUCGUGGCCGACAAGGUCACCGUCAUCUCGAAGCACAACGAUGACGAGCAGUACCUGUGGGAGUCCAGCGCCGGUGGUACCUUCAGCAUCACCCAAGACACCGAGGGCGAGCAGAUCGGCCGCGGCACCAAGAUCAUCAUGCACCUCAAGGACGAGCAGACUGACUACCUCAACGAGAGCAAGAUCAAGGAGGUUGUCAAGAAGCACUCCGAGUUCAUCUCCUACCCUAUCUACCUUCACGUCCUGAAGGAGGAGGAGAAGGAGGUCCCAGAUGAGGACGCUGAGGAGGAGACCAAGGAGGAAGAUUCCGACAACAAGCCCAAGGUCGAGGAAGUCGACGACGAGGAAGAGGAGAAGAAGAAAGAGAAGAAGACCAAGAAGGUCAAGGAGAGCAAGAUCGAGGAGGAGGAGCUCAACAAGACCAAGCCAAUCUGGACUCGCGACCCCAAGGACAUCUCGCAAGAAGAGUACGGCGCCUUCUACAAGUCCCUCUCCAACGACUGGGAAGACCACCUCGCCGUCAAGCACUUCUCUGUCGAGGGUCAGCUCGAGUUCCGCGCCAUCCUCUUCGUCCCCAAGCGCGCACCAUUUGACCUCUUCGAGACCAAGAAGACUAAGAACAACAUCAAGCUCUACGUCCGCCGUGUCUUCAUUACUGACGAUGCGACCGACCUCAUCCCAGAGUGGCUCAGCUUCAUCAAGGGUGUUGUCGACUCUGAGGAUCUCCCACUCAACCUCUCCCGUGAGACUCUCCAGCAGAACAAGAUCAUGAAGGUCAUCAAGAAGAACAUCGUCAAGAAGACCCUCGAGCUGUUCAACGAGAUCGCCGAGGACAAGGAGCAAUUCGACAAGUUCUACAGCGCCUUCAGCAAGAACAUCAAGCUUGGUAUCCACGAGGACAGCCAGAACCGCCAGUCUCUCGCCAAGCUCCUCCGCUACAACUCCACCAAGUCUGGUGACGAGACCACCUCGCUCCAGGACUACAUCACCCGCAUGCCUGAGCACCAGAAGCAGGUGUACUACAUCACCGGCGAGUCGACCAAGGCCGUCGAGAAGUCGCCAUUCCUUGACGCCCUCAAGGCCAAGAACUUCGAGGUCCUCUUCCUCGUCGACCCCAUUGACGAGUACGCUUUUACCCAGCUCAAGGAGUUCGAAGGCAAGAAGCUUGUCGACAUCACCAAGGACUUCGAGCUCGAGGAGACCGAUGAGGAGAAGAAGCAGCGUGAAGAGGAGGAGAAGGAGUUCGAGGCUCUUGCCAAGUCCCUCAAGAACGUCCUUGGCGACAAGGUUGAGAAGGUUGUUGUCAGCCACAAGCUCGUCGGUGCACCAUGCGCCAUCCGUACCGGCCAGUUCGGUUGGUCUGCCAACAUGGAGCGUAUCAUGAAGGCCCAGGCUCUCCGUGACACCUCCAUGUCCAGCUACAUGAGCAGCAAGAAGACCUUCGAGAUCUCCCCCAAGAGCCCCAUCAUCAAGGAGCUCAAGAAGAAGGUCGAGAGCGAUGGCGAGAGCGACCGCACUGUCAAGAGCAUCACCACUCUCCUCUACGAGACCUCCCUCCUUGUCUCUGGCUUCACCAUCGAUGAGCCAGCCGACUACGCCGAGCGCAUCCACAAGCUCGUGUCGCUUGGUCUCAACGUGGACGAGGACGUCGAGACUGAGGCCGAGGCCGCCGCACCUUCCUCCGCACCCGCCGAGGCUGCUGGCGAGAGCGCCAUGGAGGAGGUCGACUAA